UAACAGACACUCCAUCGCCGAUCCGUCAUCUCAUGGUCAUCGCCAUGAUGAACCAAGUGAAGAGUCUCAAAUGUCAACCUGGAUUUGGCGAAUUCUGCCUUAGGAGAGCUCACGAACACGCAUCCAAGCUGUGGCAUCUGGUUGGGCCUUUUACUCUUGAUUCGAACGUUCAAGCCUGGUCGGAUUUAUGCGCAAUCAUUAUCAACGCGCAGACACUCUCCAUCGAGAUGUACUCUGUUCCGUUCGAAUACAAAACGUAUUUCUCAGAGUCGAAUGAGCCGUUUGAUCCCGCGACGAUGAUCAACCGCGACACAUUCAUCACGGGCGACCCACAAGUUUUGAAGAAAGAUGACAAUAAAGUCAGGCUGGGGAUCACGCCUGAGAUCAGGAUUCGCAAUAACUCUGCCCAUGCCAACUAUAUCAAGUUGGUGUACAUGGCCAAUGUGCUGCUUCGACCAGCGCCAAAGCACGGCGAGGUGGAAGUUGCAAGGGAAAUGCCUGCUGAAGUGCCUGAAGUGCAAGUGCCUGUGCCUGUGCCUGUGAAUCAGUGAGAUAUGCCCCUGGGAUUAUCAUAUCAGUCAAACAAGUUUGAUGAUCAUUUGUUAUGAUCGACUUUGCCUUGUUGAGAUCUUUGAGGUUUUGUCGUUGUUUUCUCUUGACUUUGUUCGAUAUUCAGUUUGCAUCAUGCUUUCAUAGUCACUCCUCUGAACAAAAGAAGAAAAAAAAAAAACAAAAACAAGACAGAGGAUGUUGAUGGAUAUUAAACGGCUUUCAGGGAAGUUUUGGAUGCAGAUGUUGAUAUGAUUUGAGGAUUUGUAUUACAACUUCGCCUUCAAAAUCCAUACUCAUAGCUAGCCUUGAUGGAAUUGA